AUGUCCUCCGAAAAGCGCCCCGCCGCCGACUCCUUCGGUUCCUCACAGCUCGUAAAACGACAAAGAUCAGACGCGAACCUGGGCAGCAACUCUGUCGCCCUUGUCAAUGGCACAGCACGGAAUGGUGCGCUCAUACAAGCGGUACCGCGCACGAGUGGACUGCAAGCUCCGAUUAUGGAAUUGGCAGGACACUCUGGAGAAGUCUUCGCCACCAGAUUUGACCCUACCGGCCAGCACAUCGCUUCGGGCUCUAUGGACAGAUCUAUAUUGCUAUGGCGAACCUACGGACAGUGCGACAACUACGGCGCCCUCAACGGUCACAAAGGCGCGGUGCUGGACCUGCACUGGUCGCGCGACUCGAGAGUUAUCUUCUCCGCCUCGGCAGACAUGAUGCUCGCAAGUUGGGACUUGGAGACCGGGCAGCGGAUACGGCGCCACGCGGGCCACGAGGAGGUCAUCAACUGUUUAGACGUGAGCAAGAGAGGGGAGGAGCUGCUCUUCAGUGCCUCGGACGAUGGGCAUAUAGGGAUUUGGGAUCCACGGCAGAAAGAGGCGAUUGACUUUAUCGAGACUGAAUUCCCCGUAACAGCCGUCGCGCUUGCAGAAGCGGGCAAUGAACUAUACUCGGGCGGCAUCGACAACGACAUCAAAGUAUGGGACUUGCGGAAAAAGGCUGUGACAUAUUCGCUCCUUGGCCAUACGGACACGGUCGUCUCGCUGCAGGUUUCGCCGGACUCUCAGACCCUGCUCUCGAAUUCACACGACUCAACCGUCAGAACGUGGGACAUAAGACCGUUUGCGCCGACCGACAGAAACAUCAAAACAUACGAUGGCGCGCCAUCGGGCAUGGAGAAGAAUCUGUACAAGGCGAGCUGGGAUCCCAAAGGGCAGAGAAUCGCAGCGGGAAGCGGCGACCGAAGUGUGGUGGUCUGGGAAGCAAGCAGUGGGAAGCUGCUGUACAAGCUUCCAGGGCAUAAGGGAUCUGUCAACGACGUCCGCUUCUCGCCGACCGAAGAGCCGAUCAUCGUGUCUGGCUCAUCAGAUCGUACGUUAUUGCUGGGGGAGUUGGGGAGGUGA